AUGAAUCAGCCAAUUGCAGCUAUCGGUAUAUCCGAUAGCACUCGUCCCAAAACCAAUGUUAGGCUGACGAUUUCGGCAGAACAUUUAAUGGACACUGACGUCUUCUCAAAGUCCGACCCGAUUUGUUUGGUAUACGAGAAAACGAGCGGAAAGAAGGCGACAACCACAGAGCCUGUUCAAGUUCCCACGUGGCAAGACAGCCAAUGGACAGAAAGAGGACGGACCGAAGUGGUGAUGAAUAAUUUGAAUCCGCAGUUUACGAAGACUUUCUUGUUGCCUUAUUUCUUCGAAGAAACUCAACUGUUGCGCUUUGAAAUUUACGACGCCGAUAGUCCAAAUGUUGGUCAAGACUUGUCGCCACACGAUUUCCUGGGUCGUUUCGAGUGUGUUCUGGCUCAAAUCGUAAGCUAUUCCACACUGAAAGCGCAUCUCGGUAAAGCUGAAGGAAUCGGAGCGCAGUGGAGAAAUAAAGACAAAAACACAAGAACGGGCUCGAUCACGAUCCGUGCGGAAGAGGACGAGAAAUGCGAAAAGAUCCAGUUUGAUGUGUGUGGAGAGGGUCUUGAUAAGAAGGACUUUUUUGGAAAAUCCGACCCUUAUUUGAAUUUCAAAAGAAAGUUCGACGAUGGAAGCGCUCAUUUGGUUCAUCGAACUGAGGUUAAGCAGAAGACAUUGGAUCCGAGAUGGGCGACGGUUCAAAUCAAUACGCAGACGUUGUGUGGAAAGGAUGGAGAGAGACCAAUUAUCAUCGAGUGCUACGAUCAUGAUAAGUGGAAAAAGGGUGAAGAGCCGCGUGGUGAAGCCAAAUUUUCUAGAGACGACCACAUCGGAACCGCCCAUACUACGCUGAACGAGCUGCUUCGUGGAGGAGCUGGAGAUCCUGUAGAGUUGCUGCUGACGAACGAGAAGAAGAAGGCGAAGAAGGGCGAUAAGUACAAGUGCUCGGGAACGUUGAAAAUCUGGAAUUCAAAAAUCAUCGUUGAGCCAACAUUCCUCGAUUUCAUAUCAGGAGGAACUCAGUUGGAAUUCGCCGUCGCUGUGGAUUUUACAGCUUCGAACGGAGCGCCAAAGAAUUCUUCAUCACUUCAUUAUAUGUCAGCAGAUAGACCGAAUCAAUACGAGUUGGCUUUGCGAUCCGUACUUUCUAUUUGCCAACAUUACAACUCUUCAAAAACCUUCGAAGCCUUUGGAUUCGGUGCCAAGCUUCCUAAUAGCGUCUCCGUUAGUGCUAUCUUCUCGUUGGAUUUGCUACGUGGAACUCCAGAAGUCGUGGGAAUCAGUGGAGUGAUGUCUGCUUAUAGACAUGCUCUACAGAAUGUUCAGCUGUAUGGACCAACGAAUUUUGCACCGAUUAUUGACACGGUCGCUCAGAAGGCACAGAAUAUGAUUCAUGAUUCGGCGAGAUAUCAGAUUUUGCUGAUUAUCACUGAUGGAAUAAUUUCCGAUAUGCACGCCACGAUUCGUUCGAUUAUUAAUGCCUCCGGACUUCCCCUCUCUAUUAUUAUCAUUGGUGUUGGAAACGAAGAUUUUGAGAAGAUGCAUGAGUUGGAUAGUGAUGACUCUCUUCUUCAACAAGACUCCAGAAUCGCCCAACGAGACAUUGUCCAAUUCGUGACCAUCCGUGAAUUCCUGAACAAUGGACGUGGAGUAUACCUGGAUCCAGACGUCGUUCAGGAGAACUUGGCUCGUGAAGUGCUCUUCGAAGUUCCAGGCCAAUUGACAGGAUACAUGAAGCAACGUGGAUUCCAGCCGAGACCCGUAGAGAACCCAUGGACAAGAAACUCACCACCGCCAGACUACGAUCCAGUGUUGGAUGGAAUUGGAAGAAGAGCCCAAGCACCAUCUCCAGGAUUUCAGAUGCCUGUUGCCUCUGCUCCGCCUAUGUAUUGA